AUGUGUGCAUGUCGACCUGUCAAGUUGUCUGAUUUUGUUGCUCCCUGUUGGCCCAGGCGAGGACGUUUGAAGUACGCCCAGACGUCUAGCGUCGGCGCGUCGUUUCAAGCCGUGUCAUGUCAAGAGGCGUCUCGAAGUGGCGCUCACCAGAGCCAUGCCCUUGGGGACCGGUUUCGAGACCUGUCCGGUCCGCAUUGCGACGGGCAUCGGGAAAGGCUCGAGGUCCGGGGGUUUUGUUUUGGCCAAUCGCGUCUCAAGCCCCUCCUCUCAUGUGUGUGUGUGUGUGUGAUAGUUGGGAUUGUACACUUUUGGUAUCAGAUGGUUGUCAUUACUAAAUAA